ACGAAAUUAGGUCAAUUUUGAACAGCCGCCGCAAUUCGAAAUGUGAUGUUUACGUUUGGAUCAGCCGUAAAAUUAUAGCUUCCAGUUCAAUUAAAACACACGCGUUUCAUGGUUGUUUUAGAUUCGAAAGUUAAGGAAUUCAGGACCAAGUGGCCAACAGAUUUGGCCUCCUGAGAGAUUCAGAAGAAAAAGAAAAAGAUGGCGGAUUCCUUGUGCAGUACGAGCGCUAGUUGUAGCAUGGAAACUUUGGCUGAGUCAAGGGAAGAGAGGAGGAGUUUGGAAGAAAAGCGAUUUGUUAUUAUUAAUAACUGCUGUGAAAGGCAUCCAAAACUUUUGGGAGCUGUGAAGCAAUAUGGCCUUCCCAUCUUCUACUCAGAGAGUGGCAUGGAUUUUGCCAGGGAUGCAGACUAUGACACAGUGUUUGUAACAGACAAUUUCAAUGACGGAACCUACUUUAGGCUGAGGGGAGAGGAAGUCAGAAUUGCAGGACCACCUGUGGUUAUUUCAAGUGCUUCUAAAAAGGAGCACAUCCCCUUCAGCUCCCGCCCUCUGUACUGCACCUCCAUGCAAAACCUCAUUAUGUGUUUUACUGGUUUUAAACAGAAGGCAGAACUGUCUAAGAUGGCAGACUACGUGCACCACAUGGGGGGCAGUAUAAGAAAGGACUUCAGCACCAGAGUGACGCAUCUGGUUGCCAACUGCACUGGAGGAGAAAAAUACAGGGCAGCGGUCAGUCUGGGCACUCCAAUCAUGAGCAGUCAGUGGGUCCAGAAGGCAUGGGAGGCCAGAGAUGACCUGGAGUUCUCUGCCACUGAGGAAAGAAUGAUGGAGUACAGGAUGAAACCAUUUGACAACUGUUGUCUUGGUUUUCUGGGGUUUCCUGCUGAGGAGCAGAGACACAUGGAAGAAGUCACAGUUGCCAAUGGUGGUCGCCACGUCCCCGCUGGAGACUCUGACUGCACCCAUCUGGUGAUAGACCACAGUAUCAGCAGUAAGGACGACGUCCCCUUUGAGACGCACCACAAGCUGAACAUGGUGACAGGAGAGUGGUUUUGGGCCAGUAUACAGAUGGAAGCAUGUGCUGAGGAAACCAUGUACCAGUUUGAGAAGAUUGAGAAGACGCCUUCGUCGGCAUUCAACACUCCCAGCUCCGGUUCACGUAUGAGGAAACGUAAGCGUCUGAAGGACACCCUGACGCAGCUGGCCUCAGACGGGGAGCUGGACUCUCCUAUCAUGUAUCACAAACGACGCUCCAGCGAACACAUGCUGUCGCUGAGUGCAUCGCUCAUUGAUGUUACGCCAGACAUAGCCACUCCCCUAGGUUUGGAGACUGCCACCCCCGGGGCCCCCACUGCCAAUAUCAGCAAGAGGAAGCAAGUGAUUAUGGAGUUGCUUCAGACAGAGAACAACUACGUCGCCAUACUGGACACUGUGCUGACUAUCUUCAAAGAAGGAAUAGAGAAUCCUAACCAGCCGGGAGGACCCCUGCUGCCACCUACAGAUGUGAAGCUCAUCUUUGGCACCAUCCCCUCCAUAUUUCAAAUCCACAGUAAGAUAUGUGAGGAGCUGGCGUCUCUGGUGGCAAACUGGAGAGAGGAGUGCAGUGUGGGCGACGUGAUUGUCAGACAUGCCAGUGAGCUAACGAAAGCCUAUCCGCCAUUCGUCAACUUCUUUGAGCAAACCAAGGCAACCAUUGAAGAAUGUGACAGGACCAACACAAGAUUCCAUGCUUUUCUGAUGGUGUGCAAAAAUAAACCAGAGUGCUGCAGGCAGACGUUAAAGGAACUUCUGAUCAGACCUGUUCAGAGGUUACCCAGUGUGGUUCUACUGCUGAAUGAUAUAAAGAAGCAUACCAACAAAAACUUCAGUGACUAUGCAGCUCUUGAAAAGGCUGUUAAUGCUCUUAAUGAAGUUUUAAAACAUAUCAAUGAAGAUAAAAGAAAAACAGAAGGUCAGGUGGCCAUGUUUGAAGUAGUCAAUGAUAUAGAAAACUGUCCGCCAAACCUACUGUCAUCCCACAGGAGUUACAUCACCAAGGUAGAUGUGAUAGACCUUUCCACAGAGCUGAGAGGCAAGGGAGACGCCCUCACACUGUAUCUCUUCUCUGACAGUCUAGAGAUAUGCAGAAGGCGGAGAGCUGGUAACUUCAAGAGCCCCGCGCCCUCCAAGACACCACAAAAGCCGUACAAGCACAUAGAAAUGCUGCCAUUGGCCUCCGUGAAACGCGUGGCUGACAUUACGGAGGGAGAAGACUGCAAGAACGUCUUUUCUCUGAUCUGCCGUAGCAGCCUUGACGCCCGCGAGAAGUUGUACAGUUUUUCCCUGUGUACAGAUGGUGUGAGCAAAGAGGAGUUCUUACAGACCCUUUGUAAGGGUAUAGCUAGCACCACCUGUAAGACAGACUGGGAGAGUCUGUUAGUAUCUCUGGAUGCCAAAAUGUUGGACAUUGCUGCCUCAGACCCAGGCAAGCAGGUCCUGAAGAGGUUUGGGAAGAGAGUCAGCAGAGCAUUUUCCUUCAACAAGACCCCUCGCAAGCUGAAACGCGCACUCUCCAGCAUGAGUCCCUUCGUGAAGGAGAACCACCACGCCCAGGACAAGGAUGGACGCAUGCCGUGUACGCCCAGACAGGAACUGGGAAUGAGGCUGGCGACCUCUGACCUCAAU